CCCAUUAAAGCAUAGGGCCCUAAUGAUAAAACCAAAUAACUACGCUACAACAUAACAAGGCAUCCAAGAAAGCUUGGAUGACCUAGAACACAACAUCAUGUCGAUCCUAUGUGAUAUAGAUAAUAGAUGCAUACAACCUUGUUUCGAGCUAAUCCAGUUACCCGACACUGAGAAAAUCAUCCCCGUGUGAUAUAGAUGCAUACAACCUCGUUUCGACCUAAAUGUUUGAACUUAUUAUCUUAUUAUCUAUCAUAGUUAUUAUUAUUUACAUUUUCAUUGCAUUUAACACCUAUAAAUACCAUAUAACUUUCCAAAGGGACAAAUUCCAAAAGUUGGGGGUUAACUCAAGAUUCUCGUGCGACUUCAAAGACCAAAAAGCCACAUCACCAUCCAACCGUCCAUACCCCUUCCAAUCCAACGGCUCACACACCCCCCACAUCAUCUCCCCUUUAUCAUCAAACAAACAGCUCUCAUUCCGCCACGUGUCACUCUCGAUGCAUUAUUAUCCCCAAUCCAACGAUCACCAAUUCACCACACACCUUUCUCCCAAUCCAAAACCUUCUCCAACACUACAUCCUCCAACCGCUCCGGCAACCCUAAUCUCCGCCGUUGAUCCACCGAUUCGCGCCAAUUUUUCAAAAUCCUUCGGUCACCGAUCGUAACUGUUCAGUAGUUCAAAUCCUCCGGAAGCUAUGGCGGAUUCCGACAACGAAUCCGGCGGUCAGAACGCUGGCAGUGGCGAGUUAUCGGCGAGAGAACAGGACCGGUUCCUGCCGAUUGCUAACGUGAGCCGGAUCAUGAAAAAGGCGUUACCGGCGAACGCGAAGAUCUCGAAGGACGCAAAAGAGACGGUGCAGGAGUGUGUGUCGGAGUUUAUUAGUUUUAUCACCGGAGAAGCGUCGGAUAAGUGUCAGAGAGAGAAGCGGAAGACGAUCAACGGUGACGAUUUGCUAUGGGCGAUGACGACGUUAGGGUUUGAAGAGUAUGUUGAGCCGUUGAAGGUGUAUUUAGCCAAGUAUAGAGAGAUGGAAGGGGAGAAGACGACGGUUGGGAGGCACGGUGAGAAGGAUGGAUCGUCUGGUGGCGGUGGUGGCGCCGCCGCGGGCGGCGGAGGGAGUGGCGGCGGUGUGAAUUCGAGCGGUUAUAGUGACGUCAGCGGUGGUGGAAUGUACGGAGGGUUGCAGAGUAACAUGAUGAUGCCACGUCAUCACCAGAUGUAUAAUUCCGGUCCGUAUAUGGGCAGAUCGGGCAGUAUCGGCGGUUGCUAAUAUAUAAUGGGCAGAUCGGGCAGCAUCGGCAGUUGCUAAUAUAUUUUUAUAUAAUAUUUUUAAUCAGGCAUUGACAUGUGGAAAGUUUAAGUGCAUUUUUAAUCAUUGUAUUUUAUUAUAAGAGUAAACUGCUAAAAUCGUCCCUGAGGUUUGACUCAAAA